CGAGGUCGAAAGAGAAUGUCAUCCAGCAAGAAAGAAGCAAGAAGAAAUUUACGUGGGAGGCAGGAGGCGGGACCGUUCCAGCGGCGGUCGGAGGCCGACCCUGAAGCAGGUCCGAGCGCGUCAUCGGCAUCACGGGCUCAAUCGCUGGAGUACCACAGCGACAGCGAACCGGAGGCCAACAGUGAAGAGUCCGUUGAAGCCUUUCUCCAACUUUUCAACAGUGCCACGGAGCGGCAGCGUAAUGCGGCGGAGGACCUCGUAAACUCUAUGAAGCUGAUCAUCGAACAAAACAGGCACCGGCCGUCCUUAAUGGCGCAGCAAAUUAUGCACAAGCUGCGACCUCUUAUUCCCGGUAUGCCGAAGAAUCUCCAAACCGCAUUGGUGCCCAGGGAGUUUUGGAACAUCGAGUCCACAGAAAUCCAAGGAGGCGUAUACUGGCAUCGGGGUUUAGAAGCCGGAAUACGCGCAAACAGGGCCAGCGACGCCAAGGAACUCACGUUUGACGUUGGCAUCGAAGAGGUGCCGUUGGACCAGCUGACAAAUUCCGAAUUCCGAGCUUGGGUUAUCCAAGCACGGCUGCACGAAGCGACAAAUCCACCGGGCGCGCCUUUUGUCGUCGGUGUGUUUUGUGGUGAUUCUAGGCCACUGUGCGAGGAGUUCCUAGGGCCGUUCAUCGAAGAGGCGGCGCGGUUAUGUGAAUUAUCAAUGACGGUCAACGGUGAGUCAUUAAUCGUGAAACCACGGUUAGUGAUUGCCGACGUUGCCGCACGAGCAUUUAUUAAAGGGACUGUCCAUCAAAGUGAUUACUACGGCUGCACAAAGUGCACCAUAAAAGGAAAGCUUGUCUCUGAUUCCACCAUCACGUUCUUCGGCGAAACGAAGACCAAACCACGAACAAAUGAAGAGUUCCGGGGUGGAGUUUACGCAGGCACCCACCAGCGGAUGGCAGAUGGGCAACCCGUUGCCACACCGUUG